CAAAGGUGAAUCUCAAUCACCGCUCGAAGUAUCAGCUCUGUCCAAAUUUGAGGAGAACUUGAUGCAACAGCCUGUUUGACGCUCACAUUCCCACUGCCGACCUUAACGAACAGCCAAACAACCACCUUCAUCCGCCAAGUCUCCGUUCAGACAUAUAGUGUCUCAUCUAGCUCCCUGAGACAGGCACAGCAAGCCCACCAUCUCCACAAUCAUGGCACCACAUGUUCAGCAGACCCCUCCGUACACGAGGGAGCCAUCACCCAAACAAGACGUAUCGACCACACAGUUGCGUCCUAUGACCGACACAAGUCUUCUUUCUUGGAACAAACUCGACAUAUUGCUCCAGGGCAAGCAGUGUACCAUCGAUGGAAACACACUGGACAUUGCGGGAGUCAUCGCUGUCGCAAAGUAUGGCAUGCCUGCGUUCAUAUCUACGGAUGAUAUCACUCGCAAACGUAUAGACGACAGUGUUCGUAUGCUGAGGAGACAUCUCGACUCAGGCCAUCUUGUCUACGGUGUUUCUACUGGAUUCGGAGGAAGCGCUGAUACUAGGACCCACAACUUGGAAGACCUCCAGAGGGCCCUAAUCCAGCAUCAGAACUCGGGAAUCCUCACGGGCCAUGACCUCGGCCGCCCCAAAGCUGCCUCGGCGUGGAGCGACAUGGUCCGCAUCAGAGACGCCGACUAUGAAUCUAGCACAAACUCGAUGCCAAUAUCUUGGGUUCGAGCCAGUAUGCUCAUCAGAUGCAACUCAAUCAUCAGAGGACACUCCGGUGUACGAAUGAGUGUAGCUCAAGCCAUUUUACAUCUGCUCAACAGGAACAUUAUCCCGGUCAUACCGCUCAGAGGCAGUAUUUCGGCCAGUGGAGACUUGAGUCCCCUCUCAUAUAUCGCCAGUGCCUUAGAAGGCUCUCCUGAUAUCUACGUAAGAAUCGAAGGCGGCAAGAUAGUAUCAGCGGAAGAGGCAUUGAAGCAUGCCGGCAUUGAGCCGGUCAUUCUAGGACCGAAAGAAGGGUUGGGUCUGUUGAACGGCACUGCGUUUUCUGCCGCAACAGCCUCUCUUGCUUUACAUCAGUCUCAAAACAUUGUACUCGUCUCGCAGAUUCUAACUGCCAUGAGCGUCGAAGCAAUGCAAGGAUCCGCAGAGAGUUUUUGGCCACAAAUUGCUAACAUGCGUCCUCAUCCUGGUCAGAUUGAGGCGGCUGCCAACAUAUUCUCCUUUUUGUCCGAGUCUGCACUGGCAAAGUGUGUUGGCUCGCCCAAGGAUACCAAGAUGACCGGUUUGUAUCAGGACCGGUACGGACUUCGUACUUCGACGCAGUGGAUCGGGCCACAGAUUGAGGAUCUCCUACAUGCUACCUCUCAGAUCGAGAUCGAGCUCAACUCAACUACAGAUAACCCAUUGAUCGACGUUGAGUCAGACCACAUUCUUCACGGGGGUAACUUCCAGGCAGCUAUCGUGACUUCCACCAUGGAUAGAGCUCGUCUUUGUCUGGAGCGAUUGGGAAAGAUGAUGUUUUCCCAGGCGACGGAGAUAAUCAAUCCGAUGCUCAACAGUGGUCUACCAGCAAACUUGUCUGCCGACGAUCCAUCUUUGUCAUUCACAUGCAAGGGUAUCGGUAUCAACAUGGCUUCGUACCAAUCGGAGCUAGGCUUCCUUGCCAAUCCUGUUGGAAGUCACGUACAUUUGGCUCUGAUAUCUUCGAGAUAUACGUUCCAGGCCCUCGAUAUCAUCUACAUGUUGGCGGCUUCUCACCUCUUUGUUUUGUGCCAGGCUCUAGACCUACGCGUCUUGCAGAAUCAAUUCCUUGAUUCCGUGGAGCCAAAGAUUGAGAGUCUUAUCAAGACGUUGGUCGACACCAAUACGCAAACUUGCAAGGAGUUGCAAGACACGCUUUUCGUAACUAUUUCCACACGUAUCAGAACAGUGUGGCCCACGACAACUACAGCUGAUCUUGAUCAGCGAUGCAAGAUUACAUCCGAUUCCAUCAUGCUGGAUGUCAUCAACGCGUUUGCUAAACUCUCACCUGCUUCAUCUCUCGAUACCAGCAAGCUAUUGGAGCUAAAAUCAAAAUUACAAGUCCAAAUGCAGGACCUGUACGAGACCAAAAGACAAGACCUUUUCCAGAACCACCUCACCGUCACACCAUCUUAUCUGGGAAGCGCAGCCAGGCGCAUGUAUCGUUUCGUCCGCGGUGAUCUGGGCAUCAAGUUUAACCGCGGCUUGGUCGAACAUCCUACACAGCCACUACCUCCGGCUGUAGAUGUCAAGGAGCCGCGCAAGACAAUUGGCAGUCAGAUCAGUGUCAUCUACGAGGCGUUGACAGAUGGACGGGGUACGAAGAUCAUCAUGGCAUGUGCUGAGGAGGGCUUGAGCCAAGAGCAAACCAAGGUCUGA